GUUGAAUGAGUAACGGAAGUAGAUUCGGAAGCCGGUGCGGGUGCUGCAUUUUGACAGGAGUGGAGUGGACGCACAAUUCAGUGGUAAAAGAACAAGCUGCCGAUUGACUGAAAUGGUGGACUCUCAGUAUUACCUCCCAAAUGACAUUGGGGUCUCUGCUCUGGACUGCCGCGAGGCUUUCAGGCUGCUCUCACCCAAGGAGCAGCAGUAUGCACACUACCUCUCUCAAGCAUCUUGGUAUGGGGGCCUGGCCGUGCUAAUUCAGACAUCUCCGGAGUCUGCCAAAAUCUACGUACUGCUGCAAAAAAUGUUCCGCAAACAGGUGCCAGCACAGCUUGAAGCUGUGGCAACUGCAGCUGGAUUGAGCGCAGAGGAGUAUCAGGCCUUCCUUGUAUAUGCUGCUGGGCUUUAUGCAAACAUGGGCAACUACAAGUCAUUUGGGGACACCAAAUUCAUCCCUAACCUACCAAAGGAAAAGUUCAAGGCUCUGGUGUGGGAGAGUCAGGCCUUUAAGGAGAACCCUGGUGAGAUGGAGGCACUGUGGAACAGCUGCUCGCAGCCCCUUUAUUCCCUGGAAGACAAGCAGAAACAGCUUGGUUUGGGGGAGAAGGGAAUCACAACAUACUUCUCAGGGAAUUGCUGCUUAGAAGACGCAGAGUUUGCCCAGAAAUUUCUGGACUUCAAGAACCUGAGUGCCUACAACACCCGUUUAUUCAAGACUGAAUUAGAUGGGAAGCGGUGCUAUGAGGUGCGUUUGGCAUCUGCAGUGAAGAAGGACUGUGUGGUUGAAGGAGAGACUGAAACAUGUUGUGGCAAAUAUGAAUUUGAGGAUGCUGUGUUCUCGGUUCAGAGGGGCGAUUAUGCCUUUCUGAUGGAGAAAGUAAGCCAGAACUUGGAGAAAGCAAAGGCAUAUGCAGCCAGUGAGAACCAGAAGAGAAUGCUGGAGGAGUAUGUCCGCAGUUUCACCUUUGGCUCUGUGGAGGCCCAUAAAGAAGGGUCCCGUUAUUGGAUCAAAGACAAAGGACCUAUUGUGGAGAGUUACAUUGGUUUUAUUGAGAGCUACAGGGAUCCGUUUGGUUCAAGGGGUGAAUUUGAAGGCUUUGUUGCUGUGGUGAACAAGGCCAUGAGCGCUCGCUUUGCUCAGUUGGUGAGCUCAGCUGAAGUCUUACUACCAGAGCUGCCCUGGCCUCCAGCCUUUGAGAAGGACCUCUUCCUCAAGCCAGACUUCACCUCUCUGGACGUGCUCACCUUUGCCGGCAGCGGCAUCCCUGCAGGAAUCAACAUUCCAAACUAUGAUGACAUCAGACAGACCGAAGGUUUCAAGAAUGUGUCCCUUGGAAAUGUGCUGGCAGUGGCAUAUGCCACUCAGAAAGACAAGCUAACCUUUCUUGAGGAGAAAGACAAGGACAUGUACAUCAAAUGGAAGGGGCCUUCUUUUGAGGUGCAAGUGGGACUCCAUGAGCUGUUGGGUCAUGGCAGUGGGAAACUCUUUGUUCAGAAUGAUAAGGGACAUUUCAACUUUGAGCAAACUGCUGUUCGUAAUCCAGAAACAGGGGAACUGAUCUCUAGCUGGUACAAGGGCAAUGAGACAUGGGACAGCAAGUUCUCCACCAUUGCCUCCUCCUAUGAGGAGUGUCGAGCUGAGUGUGUGGGUCUCUACCUGUGUCUCAACAAACAGGUGCUCAGUAUUUUUGGGCACGAGGGAGAGGAUGCAGAGGAGGUGGUGUACGUAAACUGGCUAAAUAUGGUGCGUGCUGGCCUGCUCGGACUGGAGUUCUACACACCAGAGAGCAAGAGCUGGAGACAGGCACACAUGCAGGCCCGGUUUGUGAUCUUGCGGGUUCUGUUGGAGGCUGGGGAGGGGCUGGUUGAUCUGAGGGAGUGUACAGGGGCAGACGGAAGGCCAGAUGCCAUUAUAACACUGGACCGCAGCAAGAUCCACACAGUGGGCCGGAACGCCAUCCAGAGGUUCCUCUGUAAACUGCAGGUGUACAAGUCCACGGCUGAUGUGGAGGGAGGAAGGGCUCUGUAUGAAGGCUACUCUGCUGUGACUGCUGAUGGCACCCAUGACUUCCUACGCCUCAGAGAGACAGUUCUGCUCCGUAAGGAAGCUCGCAAGAUGUUUGUCCAGGCUAACACUUGCAUCAAAGGUGAUGCUGUGCAGCUGGUUGAGUAUGAAGGCAGUGCUGCAGGGCUCAUCCAGUCUUUCAUCGAGCGCUUCCCUGAAGAUGCAGAAGAGCUGGAGGCCCAGCUGCUGGAGAUGGCCUCCAGAGACACCGCCUGCUGGUGCUGAGCGGACUCUGCAUUCAGAGAGACAUUCUCUCAGACAAGUAUUAGACCUCACUUAGCCACAGCAACUAAGAAAUGAACAAAAAUUUACAGAAAAGAACAAAAGGCACUAGUAAGGGACUGGUAAUGAUUCUAAAACACAUUCUUUCACAUGUAGGAGGAACUAAGAACCGCACUUAUAUGAAUGCAGACAUAUGCAUAACAACCUACACUUUACCUUCCAUAUCUCACUCACACCAAUCCUGUUUUUCUGUCUUUUCCAUUCACUGCGAAACAAUGGCAAGUCUUGUUAAAGUUUUAAUUAGAAAUUUCUGUUCCUGCAUUGAAUCGGACCACAGCCCACACUUCCCACACAGGCAUGUGAAAGCACUGACAAGAGUGAACUUGCUGUGUGAGGGUGGAACUUAUGUAAUCCCAACACAUAACACACUUUUUACAACUGACGUAAAAAUGGAAAUGUACUCUGCACUACUAUUGAAAAACAUGUAGAGUUAGCUGCCGAUUGAAUGAUCUGUAGGGGAAAUGUUUGAGUUCUCAAGAAUACAAAGUUCAUUGUCAAUUCCUCAAACAUGUGUUUGUCAAAGUGUUCAGUGUGGACAGUAAAAACCAACAGUCCCUAUCAAAUAAACUCAAUUCAUUUUUAUUAAA